ACCCAUUGAACUUUUUUUAUUAUUAUUUUCUACUUGUCUACACGAACCACCAUUUCCGCCGUUAAAAAACCUAGAGCAUGACAACGGUGGCGGCACAAUUAUCACGGAUCCUCUCUGACUAUUUAGCAGACGAGUCACGCGUUUGCACUUUUCUUCCGUUCAUUCUCGAGGCGAUCACUAACAAUAACCUUUUGACGGACGAUGCUAAAAACGACGACGACGCCAUUGUCAAACGCAAAUGGACAGUACGAUUAAACGCGUUGCUCGGAUCUAAGCAAGCCACGACACGCUGGGCUGCGAUCAGUCUGAUAAAAGAAACAUGUGACCAGUCAGAAAGCUUGUAUGCCUCGGGCGUACAGUCUUGGGCAGCACAGUUGUUGGGUAUCCUUGCGAAACCAGAAAGUACCAUGAAUAUCACAGCAUCUAUCGAAACGCUCUCUGUUCUUUUUGAAAAGACGAUCGGCAAGACCGAGUUGCAUGCCGAAGUGACAAGCAAGUCGCUACCCCGCUUCAACCAGCUCCUUCUUACUCUUGGCCGUAACCCUGAAUUGAUACCAGUAACACUCGUUGCAUUAUCGAAAAACAUGGAGCUUUUCCCAUCCAUGUCACGCCACAUUACGGAUCAGACAUUGAAGAUGUAUAUUUCAUGUUUGGAUGGCACCACAGACGUGUCUCCAAACUUGAUUGGCAGAUGUCUGGCCGCAUCCUGUCGAACUAGUACAAAGACCAACUUUGCCAGUAACUGGCAAGAAAUGUUGAUGCGACUUGUUGGUUCAGUACACGAGGCAUUGGAUCGGUUGUUUGAUACGGUUGAUGAAGAGGACAAUGUUCCGGAUCGAGUGGCAGGUUAUCCAUUGUCCUCCAUUGCACCAGAUUACGUUGAAGCAUUCCCGACACUUUUGAAACGAAUUCGAUACAUACAAGAUACCAUUGCUGUUUAUUUGACGUCAAAAACGAUGGUACCGGUAGGUGUGCCUAUUGCUCAUCUCACGCGACUCUGUUGCCGAAUUUAUAACGUCUACCAAGGCUGUGUGAUGCGGGAAUUUAAGCCCAAGGAUGAAUAUGCUUGUCUUAUGACAUGUCUCCCAGCACUCCAUUUAGGCACAAACAAGCUGCUUGCAAGCUUACUUUUAUGUGCGGAUGCAGGUAUGGCACAAUAUGGCAAACUGCUGGCUCGUAUUCUUUUACGGUUAUUGAGUGAAAAUAGCAAAAAGAGAGCUGUCAAAAUAUCGGUGUAUAACCUUAUCUCUUUAUGCUUGCGAAAGUUCGGAUACGCUUUUGCCGACACCAUUUUGAAAGCCGUGAUUUCUUCUGCUAUUGACGAUUUGAAGGCAAUUGAGCGUAAAAAGUUGGAUGUCGUUGUACCAGAGAAGAAGGUCGCAGGCAAGAAACGACGCGCCGAGCAUAUCAGUUCCGACGCUUUUACAAACGCCGAUUCCAUCUCUUAUCAGCCGUGCGAUAUUCAAAUGGCAGCACUCGAAGUACUUCAAGAUCUUUUGACCUUACACGGCAAUUCCAUGGACGCCAAUUUGCGCUCCUCGAUCGAUACUAUUGUAGUCUCAAGAAUUUUGCAAGCAGCAUAUCUUGGCGACUCUAACGAAGAAAGCUCUGCUGUCAAGUGUUGUCUGUACAAAUGCUUGCUGAGUUCCAUCAUGAGCCCAAAUACCAACCAGGCCAGUCUUUUACCGCAUGCUGUCAGGAUUUUCAGUGCUGGACAGAAUGACGAGACACAUGAGCUUCGUGUGAUAUGUACGCAAGGCUUAGCAAUCUGUGAUCUUUGUAUGCAUACUCGAAUGCCUCCAAUUCAACGCGCAACACCAGCACCGCCUCCUCCAGUACAACAAGCAACAUCUACUACUACCAGCACCACUGUCACAAGUUUCUUCCUUGAAGAAGAAAAAGAAGACCAAGAAGAGCAGGUCGAAAAGCUUUCUGAACAAGUAGAGCAACCAGCAUCUCCUGUACAGAAAGCGGCACCAAUAACAAAAAGUCCUGUGGUUUCUCGCUCCAACGUGAUACGUGUUCCUGAAGAAGAUGAAGACGACGACGACGAUAUAACGAUGAUGCAAAAUCAACACCCAAACAGCAAUUCUUCUGCAUCAGCUACCACUAUCCCUUCCGCGAGCCGUGAUGAAGAAGAAAAAUCUAAUCAAGAGCCACCAGUAGUAGCCCCAGUAUUCUCUUCUUUAACGUCGUCACUAUCGGCAACCGAUGGUGAUAAUUCAGAUAAGGUCGUAACCAGCUUUACGGCUGAAUCAUUCAGUGAUACAUCUACAUCAUCAACACAACCACCAAAGCAAACCAACGGCAAGAACAAAGGAACCACUACUAUGGAAGAGGACGAAUCUAACGACGAGGAGUUUGAGAUACCGGAAAUCAGCAUGGAGGACUAAAUUUUCAAAAGACACACGCAAGCAGUAAUAAUAAUGGUAAUAAAGAAGAAAAAAAGAAAAACGGCAUAGUAUAUAUAUAUAUAUAUAUGUAUAAGAUUGAAAGGAAGAGAGAAAAAAAGGAGCGAGGGGAAGUUUUGUAAUAGUAC